AUGGGUCUUAAUUUCAGUCUACUGGGGAACCUAGUGGCCAAAGGUUGUGACCCUGGCUUAACAGCCAAUGGGAGUCAACGAUGUGAUGAUAUAGAUGAGUGUAAUGAGUGGGACAGUGCCCGACCCUGUGGAAGUAAUGCCACGUGUUUCAACACAUUUGGAAGCUUCUACUGUCACUGUCUAACUGGGUUCGUAUCCACAACGACUUUCAAGUUUACUCCUCUCACUGGGGAGUGUAAGGACCUCAAUGAGUGCCUGAAGAAACCACAGGUUUGUGGCAGCAACACCAUUUGCCUCAACACCAUCGGGAGCUACAUCUGCCAGUGCCAACCUGGUUUCAAUGUCUCUAUGUACACUGGACGCUGUGCGGAUGAGGAUGAGUGUGUGUGGGUUCCCCCGGUGUGCGGCGCUCAGGGCAUUUGCACAAACACACCUGGCCGAUACACCUGCACCUGUCCGUCAGGGCUCAGUAACCACGGCAACAACUCCGCCCCCUGCACAGACCUCAAUGAGUGCCUGGAGAAACCACAGGUUUGUGGCAGCAACACCAUUUGCCUCAACACCAUCGGGAGCUUCAACUGCCAGUGUCAACCUGGGUUCACAUCUAACUUAACCAACGUCACUAGACACUGUGAGGAUGAGGAUGAGUGUGUGUGGGUUCCCCCGGUGUGUGGUGCUCAGGGUAUGUGCACAAACACACCUGGCCGAUACACCUGCACCUGUCCGUCAGGGCUCAGUAACCACGGCAACAACACCGCCCCCUGCACAGACAUAGAUGAGUGUAAUGAGAUCGCUGGUAUCUGUGGAGUGGGCGGGGACUGCCAGAACCAGAAAGGAAGCUACAGUUGCCUCUGUCACCCUGGAUACAGUAACUACGACAACAAACAGGCUCAGUGCUCAGUACUGACCUGUGACCAGUUCAAAGCGAAUGAGACUCCUGGACAGACUGUCCCAGGUUUAGCUGGUCUCCUGUCUCUGAUGAGGAACAGCUGUCUGGUGUUGAGUAACUCUGGGGACGCAGCCGGGGGGAAACUGACUGGAGAGGUGUUACUGGAGAAUGUCUUCACGGAGAUGGACAGACUCUUGUCUCACGAUAUCCUAAGCAACAGCCAGGAGGUGAGUGGGUUGCUAGGCACCGUGGAAGACGCCAUGAGGCUCAUCGGGCCGCAGCUCAGAGACAACCACACCACCAAUGAGACAGACCACGCAGCGACUGAGCUUGCAGUGAGGAGGGGACAGACUCCGCCCACUGGGCCAAUCAGCCUGGCCAAUGACAACGCUCGACUGGACACCAGCUGGGAGACAGCCACCGGCAGCGGGACGUACCCAGGUUUCGCUCUGGUUGGGUUGGUGUGUUACAAGACAGUGGAGAAAUCUGUCAACAACUCCUUCCAGUACCUCACUGACACAGACACAGACACAGCAACAGCCACGGCGUCAAAGCUUAGCUACCAGAUCAGUUCCAAGGUGGUAACAGCUUUCGUCAGUAACCCAGCAACAGACCACCUCGCCCAGCCUGUCAUCCUCACCUUCAAACAUCUACAGGUGAGGGCGGAGUCAGCGGAGAUGAACUAUACCUGUGUGUUCUGGUCGGAGGGGCGUGUCCAUGAAGAGGGAGGGGCGUGGUCAAGGCUUGGCUGUACCAAAGUCACGUCUAAUGCUACACACACUGUGUGUUCCUGUACCCACCUGAGCAGCUUUGCUGUUCUCAUGGCCCUCUACCCUGUAGAGCACACCUUUGAGCUGCGUCUUUUGACGUGGCUGGGUCUGUCGGUGUCUGUGGUGUGUCUGUUGCUGUGCAUCCUGACCUUCUGGCUGUGUCGGUCCAUCCAGGGGACACGCACCACCAUCCACCUCCACCUCUGUGUCUGCCUCUUCAUCGCUGACCUCGUCUUCCUCAGCGGUAUCUCACACACACAGAGCAAGGUGGGUGGAGGAUGUAGGGUUGUAGCAGGUCUCCUCCACCUGUUCUUCCUAGGAUCCUUCAGUUGGAUGUUGUUAGAGGGGGUUCAGCUCUACCUCAUGGUGGUCCUGGUCUUCAACACUACCAUCAGACCUCUGUACCUGUAUGCUGUGGGAUAUGGACUGCCACUGGCUAUAGUCAUCAUCUCUGCUAUCACCUACCCAGAUGGAUACGGUACCACACACCACUGUUGGUUGUCUCUGGAGAGAGGAUUCAUCUGGAGUUUCUUCGGCCCAGUGUGCACCAUCAUCAUUCUCAACGUUUUCUUCUUCAUCAUCACUGUCUGGAGGCUGGCCCAGAAGUUCUCUAGUCUCAACCCUGACCUCUCCAACCUACGCAAGAUCAAGUAAAGAGAGAGAGAGAGAUGGGGAGAGCGAGAGAGAGAGAGUGUGAAACUGAG